AGGUUUAGACAUCCCCCACGUAGAUAUUGUCAUAAAUUUUGAUAUUCCUACACAUAGCAAGGAUUAUAUACACAGAGUGGGAAGAACAGCAAGGGCUGGCAGAUCUGGAAAGGCAAUUACUUUUGUGACACAGUACGAUGUGGAAUUAUAUCAGAGGAUAGAGCAAUUAAUUGACAAACAACUUCCGCUUUAUAAAACUGAGGAAGAAGAGGUAAUGGUUUUACAGGAAAGAGUCGCAGAAGCCCAAAGAAUAGCAAAAAUGGAAAUGAGGGAUUUAACAGAAAAAAAAGGUAAAAGAAAAAAUGGUGCAGAUGAUGAUGGAGAUGACACAGAAGGUACAACAGGAGUCAGGAAGAGACUAAAAGGGAGACAAAAAAAGUGGAAAAAAGAAAUGAUAAUGUAACGAAGUCUUAAUUUACAAUAACAUUGUCUUGAAUAAAUCAUAACAUACAAUA